UUCCUACCAGCUGCCAUCUUGAAUACUGUACUCACGGAUAGUGGGAGUCGGACUGCCCGGUAGGCAACGGGGAUAUUUUCGGUGCUCCAUGAGACCAACGACGGCAGGCCAGCACACUCCGGCGAAAUACGUGGAAAGCUUUAACGCAGGAAAGCUUUUACAGUAUUUUUAAAUGCCCGCACUCUACCACAUUUCCAUCUUUGUUGGUGGUGAAGUUAUUUCUAAAUAUUAUUAGCUUUAGCUUGCUGUCUGUAGCUAGCUCGUGCUCGGCUAACUCCCCGGAUCAGAGCCAAGUCGACGAUUUUUCGAGCUUUGCUGUCUUCAAGUUCACGUGGACUAUAUUUCUAAGAUACAAGACUUAGUGCACUUGGAUCAUUCAAGAAUGCGCUAGUGUGCAUGCUUCUUUGGAAAGAUGUAUGUUUUAAUGGCAGACUGGAAUCGAUGAGAAUUUUGUCCGUGGGGCAGCUACCUAGUUGCAGUUGGUUAAGCAGGGUUUGUGUUUUCACUAUCAACUUUCCACUGGAUUGACCGCGCGUGAUUCGGGAAAGGUGGAUUAUUGAUGACAUUGCAUCCUUCUCAUUUGUGCAAUCACUUAUUUGACAUUUCUUCUUUUUGGUUCCUAGUGACAGUUUUCUUAACAGUUGUUUGCAAACAACAUAUGCAAUAGCUGUUAGAUAGCUGACUAGGUAGCUGAUAUCCAAAAAUAAUUGUAUCUUUAGUUUACUUCCAUAACAAGUUGUCUUGAUACACAAGUAUCAAGACUGUUGACUUGGUAAUUACAUUACGUAAACAGUAACUUUAAAGUUUGGCGUGGUCUGAAAUAAUCGUCAGUAUCUUGCCAAAGGAAUUUCAUAAUGGAGCAAACCUCGCGUCAGUCCAACAAUUCUGUUCAUUUGGGGUAGCAUGUUUGUCGGUGGACUUUGCCCUAAGCAAUACUUUUUGCGGUUGAGGGUUUUCCCUCAAUCCGACGAUAGUGGAGUGUAACCCUCAAGAUACACCAACAUCAGAAAAUUCAGUAUGCUUCAAGCCACAAGUAGCUACCAUGUGCAGAUAUGUCUCAUGGGAGUUCUUGUCAUUUACGAGUAAGUAGGAACUGGACAAUCAAGGUUGCUUUGGACAUUUCUGAAGCCUCGUUGGAAUGUGUGUUUUUUCACUGUCAGUCAGUGUGUGAUUAUAUCUCGAACUGCCAAAUUACAAAAGGGGCGACAAAAGACACUCACUGGGUUAGAAUUUCGGAAGUCGUCGUUGUAACCUGGAACUAACCUGAAGAAAGAAAGGAAUUGCAGCUUCCCAGUUCGAAAAUGGGACCCGCAACAAAACUGGCGUUUGGUGUAUUUCUCAUCUCUUGCUCCUCAGGUGCCAUCCUUGGGCGCUCGGAGACGCAGGAAUGUGUGCAGUACAGCUACCACCCCAACGCCGAGAGCCGCAGUAACCGGACGGCGGUGAAGCAGUGUGUGGGCGAGAAGGACAAGCGGGUGCACUGCUACGCCACCUGGAAGAACAGCUCUGGCACGGUGGAGCUCUACAAACAAGGCUGUUGGCUUGACGAUAUCAGCUGCUACGACAGUACUGAGUGUGUGGAGAGGAAAGAAGUGAAGGAUGUCUUCUUCUGCUGCUGUGAGGGGAACAUGUGCAACGAGAAGUUCUACUACAACCCCGAUACGGUUCCGCGUAAGAAAUCCGACCCCAUCCCGCCGAAGCCCCCGCUGUUCAGCACACUGCUCUACUCCCUGGUGCCCAUAAUGGGCAUCGCUGCCAUCGUCCUCUUCUCCUUCUGGAUGUACCGGCAUCACAAGCUGGCCUACCCACCAGCCCUGGUGCCCACGCAGCACGCCUUUCAUAUCAUGAUAGAGGACCCCGGACCCAUGCCCCCUUCCCCCAUCCUGGGGCAGAAGCCGCUGCAGUUGAUUGAAAUCAAAGCCAGGGGGCGCUUCGGCUGCGUGUGGAAGGCUCAGCUGCUCAGCGAUUACGUAGCCGUAAAGAUCUUUCCCAUUCAGGACAAGCAGUCAUGGCAGAACGAGUUUGAGGUCUUCACUAUGCCCGGCAUGAGGCACGAGAACCUCCUGCACUUCAUAGGAGCCGAGAAGAGAGGCAGCAAUCUGGACAUCGAACUGUGGUUGAUCACCGCGUACCACGAUAAGGGUUCUCUGACGGACUUCCUGAAGGCCAACGUGGUGUCUUGGAGCGAGUUGUGCCAUAUUGCCCAGACCAUGGCUCGUGGGCUGGCCUACUUGCAUGCUGACAUUCCUGGCCUGAGAGAUGGCCACAAACCCGCCAUCGCUCACCGAGACAUCAAGAGCAAGAACGUGCUGAUCAAGUCCAACCUGAGCGCCUGCAUUGCAGACUUUGGCCUGGCCCUGAAGUUCGAUACUGGCAAGUCAGCUGGAGACACACACGGACAGGUGGGGACGCGGCGGUACAUGGCACCAGAGGCGCUGGAGGGCGCCAUAAACUUCCAGCGGGACUCUUUCCUGAGGAUAGACAUGUACGCCGUAGGCCUGGUGCUGUGGGAGCUCGCUGCCCGCUGCACAGCUGCUGACGGCCCAGUGGACGAGUACAUGCUGCCCUUUGAGGAGGAGGUGGGCCAGCACCCCUCGCUGGAGGACAUGCAGGAGGUGGUGGUGCACAAGAAGCUGAGGCCAACCCUCAGGGAGUGCUGGCAGAAACACCCGGGUCUGGUCAUGCUGUGCGAGACCAUCGAGGAGUGCUGGGACCACGAGGCGGAAGCGCGGCUGUCGGCAGGCUGCGUGGAGGAGCGCGUGGUUCAGAUGCAGCGGCUGAACAACGUCACCGCGCCCGAGGAGAUUGUCACCGUGGUCACCAUGGUCACCAACGUGGACUACCCGCCAAAGGAAUCCAGCCUCUGACUAGCCGGAGGCGCUGCCUGAGAAACAAAAACAAACACGGAUGUAAAAAAAAUAUGAAAUAAAUAAGAGAAAAAGAAGAUGUGAUAAAUAAACAGAGAGACGACACAGAUAAACCCAAUGAACCCAGGAACGCACUGGUGGCGUCCCCCAACCCCCCCCCCCCCCCCCCACCCCACUCCCACCCCUGGAUUGUACAUACAGGCAGGAGGACAGUCACGUGGUUUAGUCACUGAAAGGACAUAGGCCUACUCCAGGUCUUAUUGCAUAGCUACAUGUGUGCCUAACGACUCUCUUUAGGGUCCUUUGGACACAGUUGGGGGAAGUCCACAGAGCCGAACUCUUUAAGGGGAGCCCUCACUGCAUGGACACUCUUGUUCACUACUUGACGACUGGACGGCUGUAUUUAAAAAGUCAAACUUCCGCUGAUGUCCCUUGUGGAAAGGAACAAUGACGUCCUUUGCAGAGUAAGAAGAGGACAACGAGCAUCAGCUCACUGUUCAUUUCAUUUCAGUAUGAAUAAUAAAAAAAAAAGGGUAAUGUUGGUUUUGAAAUGCAUCAGUUGAUCUUGUGUUCUCACGAAUGACUAUUGCAAUGCCAAUAAGAAACAGCUUCUGAAUGUCAAGUGUAUUGCUGCUGUACAUAAACUAUAUCAGAGAGAGUGAGAUGUCACAGAAAUCAAAAGUUUUUUUUAAGAUUUGCUUUUUUUUUUCUGAAGCAUUUCUUAACGGGAAAAAAUUACCAACUUCUUUCUACAAGGUAUACCUCAGUCUCUCAUCAGAUCUAUAAAACUUUUAUUCUCAGCACUAAAACAGCAAAACACUAUGGAGCAUUUAGAUGACCUAUGUUAGGCAGUGAAGACUUUCAAACACUUGCAGGGGUGUAAGAGUUCUUUUUUUCCAACAAAUCUGAGUAUGCCAAGAUGAAAAGGCCAUUCAUAAACCAGUAUUUCUGCCUUUUUAAGAUAUUUUUGCUUCUGCUUCCCCCCCCCCUGCUGUUGAUAAUGUGACCAUCCCUCUCCUUUUUUUUAAUCAUUGUGGUGAUUGUUAUUUUAUGUACGAUUGAUUUUUAGAGAGAUUGAGAAGAAAAAAAAAGAUCCCUGAAAAUAUGAAUUUAGUGAAAAUGACAUGAAAGCACUUAACCCGUUUGUAGAUUUGCAGUGUCCACAAAAUGAUUGACGUAUGUGCAUGCCUUUUGUGUUUGUUUUGUUUCUUUUUUUUUGUCUCUUUAUAUGUGGGGCUGAUGGGUAGGGAAAGUAUGACACUGGUAUAUGAUAUGGAAACAUUUUAAUGUUUUAUGUUGUUUGUUUUUCAUUUUCUAAAGCCGAUUUUAUCUCCCGUUAUCUAUUGUCCGGGUGUUGCUCGUGUUUUUGUACCUCGUCUGCAUUGGUGGAGACGUUCUCCUUUCCCUUGUGUCUGCUGUGAUCACUGUACUUCAGUACGUCUCAGGAAGCUCUCUGGCCCCCUCCUCCCUCCCUCCUUCAGCUGCUCUCAUUCUGGUGCCACAGAUAUACUCACCUUUUUGGGUUUAUAUUUAAUUUAAUUUUGUCGGAGGGGCGUACAUAUACAGUCAUGCACACUUGCAGGACUUUCAGGCUAUAGCUUAGGGACAGUUUGAUGGUUACUUGCUCAGACCUCCCCCCUUAGAGUAUGGAAGGGAUGUUUGUAUGCCACGCCAUGCUGACGCGUCUGGAGGCACUGGUGCCAUGACAGGUUCUGCGCUGUGGGCAAUGUGGCGGAUUCGCUCCCAUGCUUCUGUUGCUGCUCUCCAACUAGUCUGGUUUAUUGCUCUAAGACCCCCUUCCAUUCUCCCUGAUAAUCUCAGCGUACGUUUGUUUUUCCACAUAAAGAACUAUUCAGGGACACUCUGACAGAUUCUGGUCUGCCUACUUUUAUGCAGUUGAGCUUCACUGGAGAAGGGGGGGGGGGCAUGUGCUGGCCCACCACCACCAAAGCCUAGACUGACAAAUGUAGCAUCUGGAUUUUGAUCAGCUCUACACUAGCUGCUUCUUAAGUCACGCAGAUGCUCUGCAGAAUGUGGAAAACGUUAAGCGAAAAGGAAGAUCUAACAAGGCGCUGUGCCAACGCCAGGCUGGGACCAGACUAGUGGCUUCCUGAGAUUGGGGUAGUGCUUUGGCAUUGGUCUGAACAGGUGUCAGCCUGUUGCCUGUGUUUAAUGUAAUGCAUUGGGGGGGUGGGGGAGGGGAGCAGUGGUGAUGACCGUUGGCUUGGACGUUCUCUCAGGACCUCAGUGAGGUGAUUGUAGAAGUGGGUUGUGUGUGUGGGGGAGAAAGAGACAGCGAGUCAUGCAAGCAGGGUGGGACAGGGGAGGCGUAUAUGCAAUCUCUCAGAUUUGUCAGUAUGCAUCUAUGUAGCCAUGUUCUCAAAGCUUUUUUGGCUGAGAGGGUUUCCAGUAUUAUUUUUGAAUGUUGAUUUUAUUCCCUUCCCCCUCCUGUUUAUAAAACACUAAAGUUUUUAUUUGUGGGCUUCGCAUGACAGGACUGAUUGCUGUUCGGUGGUUGGUUGUGGUUUCCAGGUGCUUCGCUGCCACAUACAUGCAUCUCCGUCUGUGAAAUGUCUUUCUUUUUCUCACGUGACGACAAGAUUUUUAUUUAAGUCAGUCAAACAGGAGCAUGAGCCCUAUACUUUUCUGUCAAAGAAAGCCAAACCUCCCCAACAUGAUUAUCAGAUGACUGGAUUGCAAAUGCACACUUAUGUAUAUAUGAAUGUUGUUUUAGAUUGUGAAUCUAGCAUGAGGUUUUUUUUUAUGGUCUCAAGGCGAAAAAAGCAAAGAAAAAAAUCCUUUAUAAUAUUAUUAAAGAAAAAAAAAGAUUUUAUCUGUGUUUAUUUUGUAUAUUGGUAUUUUAAAUUUGUUUUUAUUAAUUUAUGUCAUGGCCCAAAGUUAUCUUUCUAACCAGAAGAAAGGUUUCUGGUCAAUGCGUCAAACACCCUGGAUCAGUAUAUCCUUUACCUCAGAUCUCCCAGUCGGCAGUCGGCGUCAUCACAACGUGUAACAAACUGUGUAGGGAGCGUCUUGCAGUGCAAUGCUUAGAGAACAACAACAACAACUGGAAUUUGACCAGCAGAUUUUUUUCUUUUCUUGUUCUACUCUCACAACAGCAGAUGCGCAGUGACACAUUUACCUCUCACAUACCAUGUGAAGCAACUGUCACCAUCAUUCAAAAUUAGCCAUCAUGGGUGCAAAGCCAACUGCCCUGCUCUCAAAGCUGACCUGCCGCGUUUCUCCUCUUUUUUUUUGUUUUUUUUGUUUAACUGAUAUUUAACAAAUUCAGGGCCUGGUCAGAAGUGAUUGUGAAAUAUUGUACAAAUGAAAUGGUAUGCUUCUCCCCUCAAGUAAAGUAUAGUGACUGCUCUGAA